CUUUCAACAGUAUAUAUGUACAUAUCAGAAGGUUGGGGGGGGAGAGAAAACAGAGGAGAUGGCCCACACUAAUGCAACAUUGUGGGUUAUUUUAACCCAAUUUCUAUUGCUAGUUUUUGUUGAAGGAAAAAAUAAGGUUCCAGCAAUUAUAGUGUUUGGAGACUCAUCAGUUGAUGCAGGAAACAACAACCAGAUUCCAACCAUUGCUAGGAGCAAUUUUGAGCCUAACGGCCGUGACUUCGACGGUGGCUGGCCAACGGGCCAUUUCUCCAAAGGCCUGAUUCCGACUGAUUUUAUCUCCGAGGCACUUGGUCUUAGAACAAUUGUGCCAGCCUAUCUGGAUCCGGUAUACAGCAUAAAGGAUUUCGCUGUUGGAGUCACGUUUGCGUCAGCUAGAAUUGGCUAUGACAAUGCAACUUCUGAUGUGCUAUCAGUUAUACCCCUAUGGAAGGAACUAGAGUACUACAAGGACUACCAAAAGAAAUUGAAAGCCUAUCUUGGUGAAGGCAAGGCCAAGCAAACCCUAGCUCAAGCACCAUAUGUGAUGAGCUUAGGGACAAAUGACUUCUUGGAAAACUACUACACACUCCCCGACAGGUGGUCGCAAUAUAACAUUGAUCAGUACCAAGUUUUCCUCAUCGGAAUCGCCAAGAAAUUUAUCGAGAACCUCUAUGGGUUGGGGGCUAGAAUAAUAUCCCUUGGCGGGCUUCCACCAAUGGGGUGUUUGCCGUUGGAGAGAACGACAAAUUUCAUGGGCGGAAAUGAGUGUAUGCAGAGUUACAACAUUGUGGCUAUGGCUUUUAAUGCUAGGUUGACAAGUUCGGUGGCCUCUUCUUCUCCUGAGUUGUCUAGGUUGCUUAGACAGGAUAAGGAAAGGGCCUACAUUCCACAUUUCUCUCUUUUAAGUUCUCUCAGAUUUGUGUUCUGUUUGUAAACUACUUUUCGAAAC